GCGGUGCAAGAUGGCGCCAUCCGGCGGCGAGUUGCACUCUGACGGCGGCGGAGAUGUGUUGGCGGCUAAGGCGGUUUCUGGCGCCUCGGGAAGGUCUCGGUAGCACAGUAGUCCCCUGGGCUGGCCUCAAGAAGUACGUGCUGCCUCUAGACUACAGCGAUGUCACAUUACCAGAGAGAACUAAGCUGAAGUUCAUGGACAAGGUCCCUGCAGUGCCCAAAGUGCGGCGGGAACCCCGACGGCUGCGUGACAUUCGCGGCCCAUCCAGGGAGGCCACCGAGUUCACCCAGGGGCAGUAUGGUAUCCUGGCCUUGGGAGGUGGCUAUCUCCACUGGGGCCACUUUGAGAUGAUACGCCUGACCAUCGGCCGCUGCAUGGACCCCAAGACCAUGUUUGCCGUGUGGCGUGUGCCAGCUCCCUACAAGCCUAUCACCCGGAAGAGCCUGGGGCACCGCAUGGGGGGUGGCAAAGGACCUAUCGACCACUAUGUGACAGCAGUGAAGAGUGGGCGCCUGGUUGUUGAGGUGGGUGGGCACUGCGAAUUUGGAGAGGUGAAGCACUUCCUUGAGCGUGUGGCCAGGAAGCUGCCAUUCCCCGCAGCUGCUGUCAGUCGCAACACCCUCCAGCAUAUGCAGGAGGAGGAGGAGGAGAAGCGGCUCAACAACCAGAAUCCCUGGACCUUUGAGCGUGUCGUCACGGGCAACAUGCUGGGGAUGCGCAAGUACCUCAGCCCCUAUGACCUGAGGUUCAAGGGACGCUACUGGGGCAAGUUCUUCCUGAAGCACCGGGUGUAAUGUGCAGGUGGGGGCUGGGCUGCCGUAAUAAAUUUCCUCCCAUAA